AUGAAGCGAAUACGGGAUGAGAUGUAUAUGAAUCCUCAAUUUAAGCGGCCGUUUGGCGGUUCUCGUGGGGAAUCGUAUGUGCCAUCACAGUCUCCUAGUAGCAAUGGAGGUGGAGUUGGUAGAGUGAAAGGUGGUACCGAAGUUAAUGGUAAUGAUGCAGGUGUUGUUGCUACCAGUACACAAAAGCUUACCACCAAUGAUGCAUUGAGUUAUUUGAAGCAUGUUAAGGACAAGUUCCAAGAACAAAGGGGAAAGUAUGAUAGGUUCCUUGAUGUCAUGAAAGAUUUUAAGGCUCAAAGAAUUGAUACUGCUGGUGUCAUAGCAAGGGUGAAGGAAUUGUUUAAAGGUCAUCCUAAUCUAAUCCUUGGGUUUAAUACAUUCUUGCCUAAGGGUUUUGAAAUUACCCUCACCGAUGAGGAAGAGGCUCUACCGAAAAAGACUGUUGAGUUCGAAGAAGCUAUUGGUUUCGUCAAUAAGAUUAAGAGACGAUUUCAAAAUGAUGAUCACGUUUAUAAAUCUUUCCUGGACAUCUUGAAUAUGUAUCGCAAGGAACACAAGGGUAUAGCUGAGGUCUACCGUGAGGUUGCAGCUCUUUUUGAUGACCAUCCCGAUCUUCUUGAUGAAUUUACUAGAUUUUUGCCUGAUAAUUCACCUGCUGCUUCAGCUCCGCAUGAUUCACGUGGUCGUCAUUCCUUUCAGCGUUAUGAUGAGAAAAGCUCGGCCCUGCCCACAAAACUUCCACUGGGGGACAGUACUAUGUAUCCCAAAAGGGAACGUGAUCUUAGUGCUGAGUGUCCUGAUAAGGAUGAUGAUAAAACAGUGGUGAAGCUGCCGAAGGAGCAAAAGAAGCUUACUGAAAGUGAAAACAGGGAUAAGAGGAAUUGCGAUCAGGAUGACAAAGAUCCUGAUCUGGAGAAAAGUGGUAAUAUUAGCAUGCAUCGGCCUUCUGACAAAAAGAAAUCUACUCGGGAAGUUGAAGACUUUUGUGGGGUCCAUGUGAACUCUUUUGAUGAUAAAGAUGCAUUAAAAAGUACGUACAACUAUGAGUUCUCUUUCUGUCAAAAAGUCAAAGAGAGAUUGCAAAGUGCAGAUGAUUACCAGGCAUUCCUAAAAUGCCUUCACAUAUACUGUACAGAAAUCAUUACUAGAAAGGAAUUGCAGAGUUUGGUUACUGAUUUACUUGGAAAAUAUCCAGAUCUUAUGGAGGGUUUCAACGAGUUUCUGGAGCGCUGUGAGCGGAUUGAAACAUUGUGGAAUGAGGGGAAUUCUUCAAAAGCCUCAGGCAUAGAUGAAAAGGAGAGAGAACAAAAGCGUGACUUGGAAGGAGGGAAAGAGAGGGAUAGGUGCAACUUGAAGUACUUGGGAAAGUCCAUUCAGGAGCUUGACCUAUCGAAUUGUCAACAGUGCACUCCCAGCUAUCGACUUCUUCCUAAAGAUUAUCCGAUAUCUUCAGCUAGCCAGAGGUCAGAGCUUGGUGCUCAAGUACUAAAUGAUCAUUGGGUGUCUGUGACAUCUGGUAGUGAGGAUUAUUCUUUUAAGCACAUGCGGAGAAAUCAGUAUGAAGAAAGCCUGUUCAGAUGUGAAGAUGAUAGAUUUGAGCUAGACAUGUUGCUGGAGUCUGUGAGUUCAACUGCUAAGCGAGCUGAGGAGCUUUUGAGCAUUAUCAAUAAUAAUUCUGUUGGGUCAGAUGGUCCCAUACGUAUUGAGGAUUACUUCACAGCUCUUAAUUUGAGAUGCAUUGAACGACUAUAUGGUGACCAUGGUCUUGAUGUAAUGGACAUUCUGCGCAAAAAUCCAUCUCAUGCUUUGCCGGUUGUCCUAAUGCGCCUGAAUCAGAAGCAAGAGGAGUGGACUAAAUGUCGUUCAGAAUUUAACAAGGUUUGGGCUGAAAUAUAUUCAAAGAAUCAUUACAAGUCUCUUGAUCACCGCAGCUUCUAUUUCAAGCAGCAAGAUUCAAAGAAUUUGAGCACAAAAUCCUUAGUGGCAGAAAUCAAAGAAUUAAAAGAUAAAAGGCAGAAAGAGGAUGAUGUACUUCUAAGCAUUGCAGCCGGAAGCCGGCAUUCUGUUAUUACUGAUGUCGAAUUUGAGUAUGCUAAUGCUGAGGUUCAUGAAGAUAUCUUCAAGAUUAUCAAGUACUCGUGUGAGGAGAUCUGCUCAACAAAAGAUCAAUUUAACAAGGUUUUAUGGUUUUGGACUACUUUUCUUGAGCUGAUUCCAGACACCAAUCUUACCAACAACACAGAUUUGAAGCAACCUAAGUCGAACUGCAAUGGUGAUUCUAAGGCAUCACCUCAAAGAAUGAAUUUCAGAACUGGCUUCACAAAUGUGGGUGGUUUGGCCAAAGAAAGAUUAGCAGCGGCUUCUGGUGAAAGAUUAACCAACCAAGAUUCAGCUGUUACUUCAGGAACCGACAUUAACCAUGGGUGUUGUGCAAGUUCUCCAAAAGUGGUUAAUGGUGCCUUUGAGGAAGGCAAUGAAGCUAAGUCAAAUAUGGAUGAUACGGUUCCCUCAGGUGGGGAUAAAUUGAGAUUGAAUGGAUCGGCAAAUGGAGAUUUUGCAGAAGGGUCCAGACAUUUCAGAUAUAAUGAGUGUCCUGUUGAUCCUUGUAAAAAUGAGAAAGAGGAGGGUGAGUUGUCUCCUAAUUGUGAUUCUGAAGAUAAUUUUGGUGUCUGCCAAGACAGAAUUCUGCAAGUCUUACCUGAAGAAAAUCAUGGCAAUGAAGGAAGCCAAGGUCAAAUGGGGGAUCACAAAGAGAAUACUGCAGGAGAAAAUGAUAUAGAUGCCGAUGAUGAUGACAGUGGAAAUACAUCAAAUGCUGGAGGAGAUGUUUCAGGCAGUGAGUCUGCUGCUGAUGAGUGUUCACGGGAAGAUCCUGAUGAAGUGGAAGAUGGUAAAGCUGAAAGUGAAUGUGAGGCUGUGCCGCACUCUGAACGAUUUCUACUGAAAUGUAAACCUCUAUCAAAGCAUGUGGCUUCCUCAUCAAUAAAUGAUGAGAAGAAGGAUCAACGUGUCUUUUAUGGAAACGACACAUUUUAUGUGCUUUUUAGGCAGCAUCAGGUACUGUACGAGAGAAUACUAUUCGCUAAAGUCAAUUCAGUAUGUGGCGAUUCAAAAUGGAGAAACACGCAAGAUGCAACUCCUUAUCCAUAUGCUAGAUUCACGGAUGCACUUUUCAGUUUACUUGAUGGAUCAGUCGACAAUACAAAAUUUGAAGACGAUUGCCGAUCUUUGAUAGGAAACCAGUCCUAUGUGCUGUUCACUUUGGAUAAGUUGAUCUAUAAGUUGGUCAGACAGCUUCAAACCGUUUCAAGUGAUGAGGUGGAUUGUAAGCUGCUUCAGUUGUUUGAAUACGAGAGAUCUAGGAAGCCGGAGAAUUUUGUUGACUCAGUUUAUUACGAGAAUGUUCAUGUCCUUCUGCAUGACGAGAAUAUAUACCGGUUUGAAUGUAUAAAUAACCCUACUCGCUUAUCCAUUCAAUUGAUGGAUGAUGGAGAUGAGAAGUCUGAAGUUGUUGCAGUUUCAGUAGAUCCCAAUUUCACAACGUAUCUUCACAAAGAGUAUCUUUCAGUUAACAAUGCAAAGGUGUCAUCAUCAAUUAUGCUGAAAAGGAAUAUUCGCAAGUACAGUAACAUAGAGGAAUCCACCGCUCUGUAUAAGGCAAUGGAAAAUGUUCUGAUCAUGAAUGGGUUGGAAUGUAAAAUGACGACAAGCACAUCAAAGAUCUCGUAUGUUCUCGACACGGAAGAUUCAUUUGUUCGUUUGGGAAGGAGAAAGGUUAGAUCUUUGCCCGAUAACCAAACACGAAUCCAACGGUUUCACAAGUUCCUGGAAGCUUCUAUUGCAAACUCAAAUGGAACCCCUUUGUGA